UGUAAUUGCCUGGAUCGAAGACAUGCUGGAGCGUGACGUCAAUGACAACAGGAAGAUCGGUAACUAUGGAGCUCAGCACAUCCUUUCUGGCGUCCCCAGGGACUCGGUGACCAUUCUCACACACUGCAACACCGGCUCGCUGGCCACAGCUGGAUACGGGACGGCGCUGGGCGUGGUGAGAAGCCUCCACACGCUGGGCAGGCUGAAGCGCGUGUACUGCACAGAGACGAGGCCGUACAACCAGGGGUCCAGACUGACGGCGUACGAGGCUGUAGCGGAGGGAAUCCCCGCCACGCUUAUAACAGACAGCAUGGCAGCCCUCACCAUGAGGGAGAUGGACAUCACAG